GGAUAUUUAUGAUAUCGAUUCUUUAUUAAAUCUUUAUGGAUUCGGCUACGAAGUGCCAGCAGUCACUGUUGACUUCCUUUUACGCUGGUGACAUGGCGGCCGGUACUUUAUACACGUACCCUCAAAGCUUCAGGGCCAACAAGGUCCUCAUCGCCGCUCAAUAUAGCGGGGCAGAUGUGAAAGUAGACGGCAGUUUCAAGCUCGGUGAAACCAACACGUCUGCUGGUUUCCUGAAGAAGUUCCCAAACGGGAAGGUGCCGGCUUUUGAGGGAAAUGAUGGCUUCACUUUGACUGAAAGCAAUGCUAUUGCUUAUUAUGUCUCCAACUCUGCGCUUCAUGGAGAAGACAGAAAGAGUGCUUCCCUCGUCCAGCAAUGGAUUAACUUCAGUGACAAUGAGAUUCUUCCUGCUGCCUGCACCUGGGUGUUCCCUUGCUUGGGCAUCAUCCAGUACAACAAACAGGAUACAGACCGUGCAAAGGAUCAGAUUAAAAAAGUGCUGACCGUACUGAACAACCAUUUGCUGACCAGAACAUUUGUUGUUGGGGAGCGUGUGACACUGGCUGACAUUAGUCUCGUGUGCAAUUUGCAAAGUGUGUACGAACAGGUGCUAGACCCUGAAUUCCGCAAACCAUACCAGAAUGUUAACCGUUGGUUCACCACAGUGGUCAAUCAGCCACAAGUGAAGAAAGUGCUUGGCGAAGUGAAGCUGUGCACCAAAAUGGCUGUCUUUGAUGCCAAAAAAUACAAGGAACUGCACGGUGGAGGUGGAGAUGAAAAGAAGAAGGAAAAACUGCCUAAGCAACAGCAGCAACAACAGCCUAAGAAAGAGAAGCCAGCACCUAAGCCUGCCGCUGAAGAGGAGGAAGAGCCCAAACCGAAGGAGUCAAAGGAUCCUUUUGCAGCUCUACCAAAGGGGACCAUGAACUUGGAUGAGUUCAAGCGUACUUACUCCAACAACGACAUUGUGAAAGAAGCUGUUCCAUACUUCUGGCAGAACUUUGACAAGGAGAACUAUUCCCUGUGGUUCUGUGAAUACACUCAACCUCUCAAGGGCAAGAUGACCUUUAUGGUCUCUAACCUUGUUGAUGGUAUGUUCCAGAGGUUGGAAAAACUGCGCAAAAAUGCUUUUGGCAGCAUGAUGGUUUUGGGGCCAAAAAGUGACCUUGGCAUUGUUGGACUGUGGUUCUGGAGAUCACAAGAUUUGGCCUUCACUCUGUCUCCCGAUUGGCAAAUUGACUACGAGUCCUACUCAUGGAGAAAGCUUGACGCCAACAGUGAUGAGGCAAAAGAAUUGUUGACCAAGUUCUUCACUCAGGAAGGCGACUUCAAGGGACGGGAAAUUCUGGAUGGCAAGAUCUUCAAGUGAUUUGCCUGGCUUGUGCAAGAUAGUAUUUAAAACACCUUUUGUUGAGUACCUCUGUAAUUCAUUACAAGUCCAUGUGUCUAAUUGGGAUGAAGGAAAUUGUCAUGUGCCCCGCGAGCUUGGUAAGAAAGUUGGUCGUUUGCUCCCACCAUAGUACUGGACAGGUUAUGGGACCGAUGUCACCUGUAUCAUAUAGUUUAUUGGUUUUGUGAGCUGACCAGUACUGUGGUCCACUUUUCCCAGUGGAUGGGUUAUAAAUUGUCAGUCACCUAGCUGCACUGCUUGUGGAAUUAAUAAAAUGAAAAUGAUAAACUCA